GUUGUAUCCCAGCGUUGAGAGAGUCAACGAGAACACGCGGCCCAAGCUCUCUCGCCCGGCUCUCACAUUUUAAGCCACUGCUUUCUCCUCCCUGAAAUAAGAAAGCUCAACAAACUACUCAACUGUUGAUUUCUUCUCAAAGUUGCAGAGAUUUCUGGGAAAAGUGAGAAUCGAAACGUCUCAACGGAAAAGAAGUGACUUAUGUCUUGCUGAAUGGAGAUUGGUUACACAAAAUUUAUUAAUUUGUUUGGGACGUGGUAGAAAUUAGUAAUACUUAUUUACUUAUCGAGGACCGAUAAGUGGAAAUCAGGACGAAUAAAUCAUCUGACACCAGUUACCUGUCUGUAUUUCACCUCGGAAGUGGGUGCCAAGCGGUUUGUCAGCGUGGCGUGGCGUGUCUCAAGAGUUUCGAUCAUUGUUGCCGAUUAGAUCAUCAUUAUUUACUGGAUGGAUAAUUGCUUACGAAUAUUUUUUGAGUGUUCGAGUGGUGGUGGUGAAAAUUGCGAGAAAGAGUGUGAGGGGUUUACUUUAGUUUUCAUGCAAUAAUUGUGCAGAACUUGCCCGGUUUAACUGUGAGAAGGUUUGUUUUAAGUUUCUUUUUGUGUUAAAGUGAAAUAGCCAUCAGAUUAUAUACAUAGUGAAGCAUAUCCGACCGGAUUGCAAUAAUUCGGAUUAUAAGGAUUUGGAAUUGACUUGUUUAGCAAGAGGUGCCGACAUUUGAUCUGGAAUAAUAAAAUGUACGAGCCGUGACAAAAAUACUACUGGAAACAACUUCGUGAUGUCGUGAUUCCCAUUUGUGUUCCAUUACAUACACACUAGUUUAAGUUUAUAUAACAGUUUGUGACGACUUUACAAUGACUUCCAAGUCGUAUCAAACAAGACAUUGUAAACUUCGUAAAAUGUUGUGGACGGUUUCUCCCGCAGUUUUAGUUAUAAUUUCAAUCGGAUUUACUGCCCCAACGGAAGCCUUAAAUCAAGGUCAUAGACGCCAUCGUCUGCAUCACGGAGAGGAGCAACGAAUUAGUCCGAAAAGACAUGGAAGAGAAAUCAACAUUCCUCCACAGUUUCAGAGUUAUGUCGCCGACAAUCGGGGUGGAGAUGGUUUCAGCUUUACACCAAUCCAGCCUGAAGAGAAAUCCAUGCACCAAAAUUUACACAAGCCUGAUUUCGUUGACUGUGGUAGUUAUCGUCCUUCUAUUCCUGAAGGCGAACCAGUUGAUACUCCCGUGAUUCAGGUCAAGGCCUUAGAUCAAGAUCCCCCAGAAUCGGGGGGUACGGUAACGUAUUCCAUCGUAUCCGGAAAUGAAAUGCUGGCUGAUUUUGCAGUCGAUGAGCAUACAGGAUGGAUCUCAACAAGAAAAAUUUUUGACCGUGAUGAGCCAGCUAAAGAAAAGGAAGUUUAUGUCACCGUACAAGCUUCCGAUAAUGGAAAUCCUCGAUUAGACGCUGUUUGUACCCUUAAAGUGAAAAUUACGGAUAUUAACGACAACACUGCUCAAUUCCUUUUGUCCAGGAGAUUCAAUCAAGGCUCGUACGUUCCAGAGCAUGAGUACAAUCCCCACUUGGACAAAUAUGAGUACAAAGAAUCAAUGCCUCAGGAUUUAGCAUUAGGUCAAGUCGUAAUGAGGAUCUCAGCCACUGAUAUUGAUGACGGAAACAACGGAACGGUUGUCUACGCAUGUGAACCUCAUCCUCAAAAUCCAAACGAUGUGGAGUUUUUUGACAUUUCAUCAGCAUCAGGAGAAAUUACAUUGAAGAAACGAAUCGGGAACCAGCAAAAAUUUCAGUUGAGAAUUGUUGCAUCCGACUUGGGAGUCCCUCCAAAUAGUGCCAUAACAGAUUUGUCAAUUGUCGUGGCUGAACCAUCUCAGCGGCCACCCGAAUUCAUUAAUCCACCAACACUUAUCCACUUGGACGAAUACAUUUACAAUUUGUCUGUUCCUGUUGCAACCUUAUCAGCUAGAUCGAACGCGGAUGACGAGCUUGUUUUCUUCGAGUUGGUAAAUGGUCAGACUCAGCCAACGAACAAAGAAGCAAUCUUUACUCUUGAGACUGAGGGUAGAAAUACGGCCCAUAUUAAACUUGACCGUCAGCUCGAUUAUGAAUCCACUACUAGAUAUACACUAACCAUUCGUGCACAGAACAAGUACAAUUUAGCAGCAGAGACAUUGCUAACGGUUAUGGUCAAUGAUAAAAACGACGAGAAGCCAUAUUUUACUGAAGUCACGACGGGAACUGUUUUGGAAAAUGAACCAAUUGGCACGUCUGUCAUGAGGGUUCGAGCUAUUGACACUGAUGGUACAGCUCCAAACAACGAAGUCACCUAUCAUUUAAAGAGUGACGAGGAGGACAACUUCAGUAUCGACGCAAUAUCAGGAGAAAUUAAGACAAGAAAAAUGUUUGAUCGAGAAGAAAAGGAUACUUAUCAGGUCAUAGUCUAUGCGAAAGACGGUGCCCCUUCAGUCAAAUUGAACAAUGGACAACCAAAUGAACGGCCACAAACACUGAAAAUCGUAAUUGCGGAUAAAAAUGAUAACGGGCCCGUCUUUGUAAGAGACUUGUACGAAGCUGAAAUGAGCGAGGAUGCGGAUUUAAACCGAGUCGUCGUCGAAGUGAGGGCAAAGGAUGCGGAUACAGCUUCCGUGCUUCAGUACACCAUCACAGAAGGAAAUAUUGACGACGCUUUUGCCAUCAGAAGUACAAGUACUAGCGGAGUUAUCACAGUUAAAAAUAAGUUGGAUUUUGAAAGUAUAAGACAGUAUGAAUUGACGGUACGUGUUUCUGACUCUGUUCAUGAAGCAAAGACAAAAGUCAAAAUUUACAUCCAAAAUGUUAAUGACGAGCCUCCAAAAUUUGAACCGAUGAAUUCCAAUACGACAAUUGUUGAAGAAUUUAUUCCAUCCGAUUGCAUUUUCCGAGUUAAAGCUUACGAUCCAGACAUUGGCGACCGAACUGUACCCCAAAACAUCUCAUAUUUCAUAUUGACUGGAAAAGAGCACUUCAGUGUUGGACCGGAUGACGGUUGCGUCAAAGUGAUUAAACCUUUGGACAGAGAAGAUAAACCUUUCUACCAAAUGGUGGUUGGCGCAUCCGAUGAAUGGGGAUUGGCUCCUACAAAAUUGGAUUUCUACAAGGAAUUGAUUGUUAAUUUAAUCGACAUUAAUGACAAUGCUCCUGUUCUGUCUUCACAAAAUCCCGUUGUAUGGAAUGAAAACCAACCUCGUGGUCCUAUUACGCAACUUGAUGCAACCGAUGCCGACAGUCCUGAGAAUGGGCCCCCGUUCACGUUUUCAAUAGAUCCCAAGGCUGACAUGAAAAUUAAAGAACUAUUUUCUAUUGAAGGAAAAACUUUGAAGGCAAACAAGGAUGAUUUCGAUCGUGAAGAGGUGAAGCAGUACGUGGUGCCAAUCGCAAUCAGUGACAGUGGGAGAGAGAGGAAAACCGGAACCAGUUAUCUCACCGUUAUCAUUGGUGACCAAAACGACAACGACAUGCAGGACGGAGAAAGCCGAAUCUUUGUCUACAAGUACAAAGAAAGGAACCCAUUCCCAAUUGGACGAGUCUAUGUAAAAGACCCGGAUGACUGGGACUUGCCUGACAAGACCUUCACAUUGACCACCUCCAACUCGCAUUUCACUGUGGAUUCUGAUACUGGAUAUAUUAACAUGAAAUCUACUGCUGAACCCAGUGACCACGUUUUGACGUUCAAGGUGGAAGACAGUAGAUGGGGAAGUACUGUAAAUGCAAAAGUCACUGUUACAGUAAAGGAAAUAACUGAUGAAGCUGUUGAUAAUUCUGGAUCUAUUCGAUUCAUGGGAACAACCAAAGAACAAUUCAUCAAAGUAGACCGAACUACUGGAUUGAGUAAAAAGGAUAAAUUGCAACGCGAACUUGCUAGAAUAUUCGAAGUUCCGAUUGAAAAUGUCGAUGUCUUCACCGUUGGCAAUUCUCCAUCAAUCUCAGACAUGAACUUUUUUGAUGUGAGAUAUUCCGUCCACAACUCACCUUACUGGAAAGCUGAAAAACUGAAUGGAAAACUCGCAGAGUCUAAGGAUCUGUUGGAAAAACACUUGGAACUGAACAUUGUUAUGAUUGGAAUUGAUGAAUGCUUGAAGGAAAAACACUUUUGUGAAUCGUCAUGUUCAAACACUUUGGCCAAGAGUGACAUUCCAUUAAAAAUUUUCACCAAUGAGACAUCAUUUGUUGGUGUUCAUGCAUUUGUCCAACCUGUCUGCAACUGCUCCUCAUUCCAGCCACCAAAUAAUUGUUUACCCAAUCCAUGUCUCAACAAUGGAAUAUGUACAAGUGGUGGAGGAUUGGAUGGAUUCAAAUGUGAAUGCGAUGCUCCAUUUGAUGGACCUCGUUGCGAAAUUACAUCCAUUGCCUUGGACGGAGUAGGGUUUGCGUGGUUCCCAUCUCUCACGGUUUGUAAUGACUCGAGUCUUCAAGUGGAAUUUAUGGCGUCAAAAAGUGGUCUCAUCUUUUACAACGGCCCAAUUUACCAGUCGUCUGUCACUGACUUUAUGUCGUUGGAACUGAGGGAUGGAAAGCCUAUGCUUUUAAUGGAUUAUGGAACCGGUGUCAGCAGAUUAGAAAUUGAGCAUUCCCCAAUGCUUGCGGAUGGAUUGUCUCAUAAAGUGCACAUCACAUGGAAUCCUUCGGCCAUUUCCAUGCGGGUUGAUGAGUGUCGAAAAAAUGAACCUACUUGCUACCGAACUGCUCGACCAACUGGGACAAAUUCUCAACUGAAUGUCAAUGGACCAUUCCAAUUGGGUGGCAUUUCAUUUGAUCCAAAAAGACUACAGAAUUCCAUGAAAUGGUCACAAAUACCCUCGAAAGAGUUUUUCCAAGGAUGCAUUGCCAAUUUAACGUUCAAUGGAGAGUAUGUUAAUUUGGGCAACCCAAGCUACUCAACUUUAAAUGUUACUACUUGUGAUUCGCCAAUCGCUGGUGUCAUUAAAGCGACGCUAGGAGUCGACUACAAUUUCAUAAUCAUUCUUCUUAUCUGCAUCCUGGUCUUAAUCCUCUUGGUCCUUGCAAUUGUCUUUUACCGGAAAAAGCGAAAUUAUGAAGAAGUUAAGGGUGAACUCGGGGAUGACGUGCGAGAAAAUAUUAUCAACUAUUCUGACGAAGGGGGUGGUGAAGGAGAUCAGACGGGGUAUGAUCUAUCAGUUCUAAUGAAGCCUGCCAAUGGGCCAACUUACAAUGGAGAUAAAAUUCCAAUGGAGAGUUUACAACCUGUUGGCCGCAUUCCAGACAAUGGGGACGGCCCAGACAUUUCGAGCUUUUUACAUGGAAAUAAACAGAAGGUGGACAACGACCCUGACGGUCUGCCAUACGACGAUGUCAGAAAUUAUGCAUACGAAGGAGAUGGAAAUUCCAUAGGCUCCUUAUCUUCACUCGCGUCAGGAACUAGUGAAGACAACGACUUAAAUUUCGAUUACCUACCAACUUUUGGUCCUAGGUUUAAGAAAUUGGCCGAUAUGUAUGGCGGCGGACAAUCUAGUGAUGACGAGAGUUAUACCGGCCCUCCCCCCGAAGCGUGGUGUUAGCAUAUGUAUAAGUAAUUUAGCAUUUUAAGUACAUUCAUCAAGACCAAACUACAUAUAAAUAAUAAGCAACAUUGAAGCCCAGCCAGCCAUAAUAUUAUGAUCUAUACAUAUAACCAAGUAUUUCCAUCAUCUUUUUGUUCAUGUCAUUGAGUAUACUAGACUAUUCUUGUUGUCCUAUCGCCUUAUACAAUGGAACAAAAUAUUUUGUAAAUUAUUGUAUUUUCCAAAACUUCGGCCUGCUCAAAUUCAACCAGUUUGACUUAGGUUUCCUGCUGAGGCGUGCACUUUGUACAAACCUCGAGUUCCAAAUACUUUCCAUAAAAAAACCAUCGAUACCACCACAACGGCAACUUUCUACACACUUGACAGUAUGUACUUAUAUAUAACGUUAUUCAUUAGUCUUAAUAUUUUAUAUACCUUCUUGUGUCACAUAUUAAACGUAUAAAUACAUAAAUUAUUAAGAUGCCUCUUGCAAUGAAGUCAUUAAUCAAGUAAGUGGGUGGUACUAGAUUACAUAAUAUAUAUAUUUAUGUUUAUGUAGGUGUAGUUUAGUAUGUAGGCAUUGCAAUGGACAAACUCACUUGUAUUUUUAUAUGCUGUUUCAAUAUGCCUAUAAACAGAUUAGUUUUAAUAUUUAUUCCGCUAUGGUCUCAUCUUAUUUGUGGUGAUGAUGAGGGUUGAAUAUCUUUAACUGUGCAAUCCGCGUGUGAAGCAAAUUGUCCUUAUUAGCGUCGAAACUAAAUAUUUCGACGCCUUUUCUGGACAAGAAAGUACAGAGAAAGGAGUCGUCGGUACGUAAGGCUCCCGACUGCUGUUCUGUAACCACAAUCAUAGUCAAGACUGAACAUCAUUCCAAUCCAGUUUUCAGAACUUCGUCCUACCCAUGUUGUUCAUAAUAAUAUAUGUAUGGAAUAAAAGGCACACAUAAAUACGCAACAAUAGAAAUGUUGGUAUGAUACCAAUAUAUACAAUAUAUACAUAGCUUACACUACUAUUGUUAUGUGUUCUUGUACCUUGAAUUUGUAGAUGGCAAGCCAGACUUAUGAGGUGUCAUGUUAAUGCAUAAUUUGUUAAUUUAUGACAAUUACUAGAAUGUUUGAGUAUUCGGUUACAUAAUGAUUUACAGAUUUUUAAGCCAACUGAAUUUAUUAAAUAAAUAACGAAAUGAUACAUA